GAUGUUCCGGCCACGUCGGUUGCACUCGCAGCGCGAUACCAAUAGUCCAUAUAGCCGAGUCUACAUCCGUGAAGAAUGGCAGUCAGACGGUCAGUCCCUGCCUCUAUAGCUCUCGCUUGACAUCUUUGCCAUCAUGCAUCGUGCCGCUGCUCUCGCCGCUGCCCUGUUGGUAGGCCACACUCAAGCUGCGCCCAAGCUCCAACGCCACGAUGUACGCGACGUUGAUGAGACCUACCCUUACACUGGGCCCGCCGUGCCAAUCGGUGACUGGGUUGAUCCAACCGUCAAAGGCAACGGUAGAGGCUUCCCCCGACUUGUCGAGGCCCCAGCUGUGACGCCCGAGUUCGCCAAUCCUACAAACAACGUCAAUGUGGUUUCGUUGUCUUAUAUUCCCAAUGGUGUCCACAUUCACUACCAGACGCCUUUUGGUCUAGGGGAAGCCCCAUCAGUCGUGUGGGGUCCAAAGGCUGAUAGUCUUGUGAACGAAGCAAGCGGGACAUCGCACACAUAUGAUCGUACCCCACCAUGCUCAGAGCUCGUGGCGACACAAUGCAGCCAAUUCUUUCACGAAGUCCAACUCAAGAACCUGACUGCGGACACGACCUACUACUACAAGAUUCAAGCUGCCAAUGGCACUACUGCCUCGGAUAUUUUGAGCUUCACCACCGGCCGCGCAGCGGGUGACGUCAAGCCGUUUACUGUUGCCGUGCUGAAUGAUAUGGGCUACACGAAUGCAGGUGGGACCUACGAACAACUCCUCAAAGCAGCCUCUGGCGAUACCGGUAUUGCUUUUGCUUGGCACGGUGGCGAUAUCAGUUAUGCUGACGAUUGGUACUCGGGCAUCCUCCCUUGCGAAGAUUCGUGGCCUCUAUGCUACAACGGCACAUCCACCACACUUCCAGGCGGUGGUCCUAUCCCUGAGGAAUACUCGGUGCCGUUGCCGGAAGAUAUGAGUGUACUCUACGAGUCAAACUGGGAUUUGUGGCAGCAGUGGAUGAACAACUUGACGGCUAAUAUCCCGUAUAUGGUUCUUCCCGGAAAUCACGAGGCAGCAUGUGGUGAAUUUGAUGGUCCCAAUAAUGAGUUAUCGGCGUACCUGGAUGAGGACAAGGCCAACUCGACAGCUCCUAAGAGCACCUUGUCUUACUACAGCUGCCCACCAACCCAGCGAAACUACACAGCCUACCAACACCGCUUCCGUAUGCCCGGUAGCGAAACUGGUGGUGUCAGCAACUUCUGGUAUUCUUUUGACUAUGGUCUAGCUCAUUUUGUCUCCCUCAACGGCGAAACAGACUACCCCUACAGUCCUGAGUGGCCAUUUGUGCGUGAUUUGUCCGGGAAUGAAACCAAGCCUCAAGAGAACGAGACAUUCAUCACGGAUAGUGGCCCAUUCGGUACCAUCGAUGGUAGCUGGAAGACCAAAGAGUCUUACGAACAGUACAAAUGGCUCAAGAAGGACCUCGCGAGUGUCGAUCGCACUAAAACACCGUGGGUCAUUGUGAUGAGUCAUCGGCCCAUGUAUAGCACAGAGAGUUCGUCAUACCAGAAGUAUAUGCGAGAUGCUUUCGAGGGCGUCAUGCUUAACCACGGGGUUGAUUUGUAUUUGUCGGGCCACAUUCAUUGGUACGAGCGCUUAUGGCCCAUGGGAGCAAAUGGCACGAUCGACCAUGGUAGCGUAGCCAAGGGCAAGAACAACACAUAUUAUACCAACCCAGGCGUCUCAAUGGCGCACGUCAUUAAUGGCAUGGCGGGUAACAUCGAAAGCCAUAGUACAUUAAACGAUGGCGAGAGCCCGGCCAAUAUCACUGCCUUUUUGGACGACAAACACUAUGGAUUUAGCAAGUUAAGUAUCAUUAAUGGUAAUGAGCUCAAGUGGCAAUUCGUCAGGGGCGACGGUGGUGUAAUUGGUGAUGAACUCACCUUAUUGAAGAAGACCAACUGCACCAAGAACAACAGGGAUACUCACAGCUUUUAGAUUGAAUAAUUACUCGAACGAUAAAUAGUAAUUAAAUUGGACUGGAACAUG